AUGAGUGUACCAUAUCAAGAAGCGUUGACAUCGCUACAGGGAAUGUUCUCUACAUUCGACAGAGAUAUCAUUGCAGAGAUACUACAAUUGAACAAGGGUCACAUGGAGAAGACAAUAGAUAUGCUGUUGGAAAUGAGUGGAGAGACUCCUAUCAAUCAACAGAACACCACCGACUCGGACUUUAGGAUGGCACAGAUGGAGCAGGAUGAGAUGUUGGCUAGGAUGAUGCAGAAUGAGCUGUUUAGAAACGAUACAACAAACACGGCCAAUAACAGCCGUGACUACUUGCCACCAGAAUUAUAUCAAGUUGGACAUGCUAGCGACAGAGCUCCACCACAGAGGAUAAGACCUGCUGCAUUACCAAGACAGAAUGUGGAGGAGGAGGAAGAGGAUGACAAAGAUGUAAUGACAAUGUUGGAAGAGGAUUUGAAUCUAAAAGAGAUCAAGGUUAAGUUUAAUCAAUUGGGUGAAGCUGUCAAGACCAAGUUUGGAGAACUGUCAGAUUACUUCACAAAGAAAGAAGACAAUAACAAGUAUAACCCUGUCAAUACCUCAGAGGAGGAUGAAAAUCAAGCAAUAACAAAUGAAUCAGUCACCAGGAGGAACACUGUCCAGACCAAUGAUAUGGACGACGAGUAUGACACCUUUGUUUUGGAUGAUAGAAGAAGUGACAGGAACAGCAGCAAUCAAUCAUCUGGUGGAAUUAAACUACGAACAUUUGGUACUACAUCAAAGAAGGACGAAUAA